AUGAACCGUCUUGUCCGUAGCGGAGACUCAGCCUUGGUUUUUCUAGCUGCAGCAACGAAGGCGGCUCCGGUGGCGGUGGAUAUUGUUUCCGGCAGUGUCACUAGGAGGAGUUUCACUCCCAACAACAGUCUUCGUCACUUCUUCAACUCAUCCAUCUCAUUCUCAGGCAGGUUUAGUCGGGAAAGACAAAGUAUCAUGGAAAAUGGCAUCCAGAGUAUUACCCGUGUUCUCUUUUGUGGGCCUUAUUUUCCAGCUUCCCAUGAUUAUACAAAACAAUACGUGCAAGAUCAUCCGUUUAUACAGGUUGAUGAUGUUCCGUUGGUCGAGGUUCCCAAUGUAAUUGAAAAAUAUGAUAUUUGCGUAGUAAAAAACAUGAGAUUAGACUCUGAACUCAUAUCUCAAGCGAAGAGAAUGAAACUUAUAAUGCAGUUUGGAGUUGGCUUGGAAGGGGUCGAUGUAAGUGCUGCUUCAAAACAUGGAAUCAAGGUUGCUAGGAUUCCAGGUGGUAAUACAGGAAAUGCAGAUUCAUGUGCUGAAAUGGCUAUAUAUUUAAUGUUGGGUCUUCUCCGUAAGCAGAAUGAAAUGCAAGUUGCAAUUAAGGAUAGAAAACUUGGAGUGCCAGUUGGUGACACCUUGAUGGGAAAGACAGUAUUAAUUAUGGGCUUCGGAAGCAUUGGAAUUAGCUUGGCGAAGCGGUUGCGUCCAUUUGGCGUAAAGAUAAUUGCUACAAAACGAAGUUGGGGCAUACAUGCGAAUAAUUCGUGCAAUGCUGAAGAUGAAGGUCUCGUGGAUGUGAAGGGAAGUCAUCAAGACAUUCAAAAUCUUGCCCGUCAAGCUGAUAUAGUUGUUUGUUGUUUGCGAAUGAAUGCAGAAACGAUUGGCAUUGUCAAUGAGGCUUUUAUUUCUUCGCUGAAAAAGGGUUCCUUUUUGGUUAAUAUAGCAAGAGGUGGCUUAUUGGAUUACCAUGCAGUUUAUCAUCAUCUUAAAUCAGGCCACUUGGGAGGCUUAGGAAUUGAUGUUGCUUGGACUGAACCAUUUGAUCCUGAUGAUGAUAUUCUGAAGUUUCCAAAUGUCAUUAUUACUCCUCAUGUUGCUGGUGUUACUGAACCUUCCUACAGAUACAUGGCUAAGGUCGUGGGAGAUGUGGCCCUACAACUUCAUGCUGGGAAGCCUUUGACUGGCAUUGAGUUUGUCAACUGA